AUGACUGCUUGUUGUAAAAGGCUAUUUUGUCAAUUCACUAACAAUACUUAUAAUAGGUUGAAUGGACUUGCGAUAAUCAUUAAACGUAACUAUACAACCCAUGAAGAUAAGAACCUGAUACUUCCGAACUUGAAAAGAACUCCUGUGCAUGAUUUUAUCGUGCAACAAGGUGGUAAAAUGGUUCCGUUCGCUGGCUGGUCUAUGCCAGUUCAUUUUGCAAAUACUGGAGUUCUAGCGGAACACUUACAUACAAGAGAUAGUGCAUCAUUAUUUGAUGUAUCUCAUAUGCAACAAUUGAAAAUUCUUGGGAAAGAUCGUGUGAAAUUUCUGGAAAUGCUUACGGUAGCUGAUAUAGAAGAAAUGCAUUUUGGUACUGCGACCUUAUCACUUCUUACGAAUGAGAAGGGUGGUAUUGUUGAUGAUACGAUUAUAAGUAAACACGCCGAUCAUAUUCACAUUGUAACGAAUGCGGCUUGUGCAGAAAAAGUUUUAAAACAUAUACGUAAUCAAAUGUAUAAACUUCAAAGUCGAGGUUGGUUUCUUAAUCUGGAAGUUAUCAAAGAUUAUGCUUUAUUGGCUUUUCAAGGUCCAAAAACUGCAGAAAUUCUUAGAAAAUUAGGGGAUAAAGAUUUAAGGGAUUUUAGAUUUAUGACUACCAGAUAUGUAAAUAUUAAAAAAAUUGAACUUCAUAUGACACGAGGUGGAUAUACUGGUGAAGAUGGAUUUGAGAUUGGAGUAUCUCAUUUAGCUGCCACCCGAUUCACGAAACUUUUGUUGGGUUAUCCAAGUGUCCAACUUGCUGGUCUUGGAGCUCGUGAUAGUUUACGUCUCGAAGCUGGUUUGUGUUUGUAUGGACAUGACAUUGAUGAAACGACAACUCCAAUAGAAGCAGGAUUGUCUUGGACAAUAGGUAAACGUCGUAGAGUGGAAGGUGGAUUCCUUGGAGAUGAACACAUUCUAAAGCAACUUAAUGAUAAAUCACUUGUAAAAAAGCGUCGCAUUGGACUUACUGUAGAAGGUGCACCAGCUCGAGAAAAUGCCGAAAUAUAUAAUGAAGAAGAUCAAUUAGUUGGGAAAGUAACCAGUGGAGGUCCAUCACCAACGUUAGGUAAAAACAUUGCAAUGGGUUACGUAAGAACAGGGUAUAAUACAGCUGGAACUCCUUUAAAAGUUAAAGUACGUGAACGUAUGCAAAAAGCAACUGUUGUUAAGAUGCCAUUUGUUAAACCGAAAUAUUAUAGAGGUGAUGAAACUGUUUAA